CCACACUUUCUAAAUCCGAGGGUUAGCAUAUUGCCACGUAGCUUAAUCGAAAAGCCUAGAAACAUUUUUCCUAUUUUUCAAAUUUUGAUUUAUGAAUUCUUUUUUGUUUUUGUUUUUUUGUUAUUUUCGAUCUAAACCCUUGCUCUCGUGAAACCGAAAGAAACCCCAGGGCUCGUCCCGUCUCGUACGGUAAAAAAAGAACCAAAAAAAUGAAUUUCAGAAAACAAAAUUUAUUGAGAAAUUAAUAAAAAAAUCGACAAAAUUUGUCAGAAAUUAUUUUCAAUUCAAAAUCCCUAGAUUCAAACCCUAGCCUACGCUCGUACUCUUGAUAUUCACGAUUCAGCGGAGAAAUUGAUGUUCUUUGACACACCGAUCCAAAUCUGAAGCAUGUUUGAUGGGAAUGUGAAAAGUGGGAGAUUGGGAUUUCCCUGUUUGGAUUGAGGGAUUGUUGAUGGAAAAUAGAAUAGGGAACUCUCAUGGAGUGGAAAUUCCUAAGAAAUCAAGAUCUUUGGAUCUUAAGAGUUUGUAUAAAUCUGGUGAUUUGAAGGAGUCUUCUAAAAGUAAGAGUUUAAAGAGGAAAGAAAGUUCGCAAGAAGAUGACGGUGAGAAGAGGAAUAGUAAUCAUAAUAACAAGAGAAAGAAGAGUAGGAAAGCUUCUCCUCUCAUUAGUUUUAGAACUGUCCAUGAUAGCAAUAGUAGCAAGAGUUUAACUGAAGUGUAUAAUGGGGGUUGCAGUUCGAGGUUGCAUGGUUCAGAAAGUUUAAAGAAGUUGGGUUUGAGUCAGACAUCCAAGAAUGGUUCCACUGUUAAUGGAAUUUCACUUAAUUUGGGUGGCAGUGGUGCUAGGAUCCCGAGGCGUAAACGAGGGUUUGUGGGGCGGAACAAGUUUGAGGAUAGUCAAGUGUUGAAGUUGGCAGGGCGAUUUAGUAGUAAAGUUGUUGUUGUUAGUGAGGAGGUGAAGCUAGCCUGUGAUGAUUCUGGCAGUCAGAACGAGUCUUUGAAGGUUAAAAAGGAGAAGUUUAUUGAUGAUUUUAAGAAAAAUAGAAACAGUGAGUCUAGUUCAGUUCAGCAUUUGAAGGAAGAAGAUGGUGUUACUGGUUACUCAGCUGUAAAUGAUGGUGGCUCUUCAUUAAAAAAAUCACAGAGGAAGCCUAGGAAGAGGAAGGAUUCUGUAAAGGGUGGUAACGGUGGUGCUAAGAAGGCUGAGAGUUUAUUAGAUUCGUCUGUUAAGACAUGUGAUGAUUUUCAAGAAGAUGAUGAAGAGAAUCUUGAAGAGAAUGCGGCAAGGAUGUUAUCAUCACGGUUUGACCCAAGCUGUACUGGAUUUUCUUCAAACAGCAAAGUCUUUGUAUCGCCAUCUGAGAAUGGACUGUCUUUUCUCUUAUCUUCUGGUCGGAAUGCUAGUUCUGGGUCCAAGAAUUUGUCUGGUUCUGAAUCUGCAUCCGUUGAUGCUUCUGGUAGGGUAUUGAGACCAAGGAAAAGUCAUAAAGAGAAGGCCAACUCAAGGAAAAGGCGCCAUUUUUAUGAAAUUUUCUCUGGAGACAUGGAUGCACACUGUGUGUUGAAUAGAAGAAUCAAAGUGUUUUGGCCUUUGGACAAGAGUUGGUAUUAUGGCCUUGUCAAUGACUAUGACAAAGAGAGAAAGCUUCACCAUGUAAAAUAUGAUGACCGCGAUGAGGAAUGGAUAAACUUACAGAAUGAGAGAUUUAAACUCCUGCUUUUUCCCAGUGAAGUUCCAAGCAAGUUUCAGCUGAAAAGAUCUCGGCGAGAGAGGAGUUCUGAUGAUAGAACCAGGAACAUGAAGCUCAACAAAGAGAAGAGGAACAGAAAUGUCAUGACAGAAGAUGACAGUGGUAAUGGGAGCUAUAUGGAUUCAGAGCCUAUCAUCUCCUGGUUGGCUCGCGCUGGUCAUCUUAUCAAAUCCUGCCCUUUUCAUGCUGUGAAGAGACAGAAAACAUCUGCUUCGUCUCUUAGUACGCUGGGGCAGCCAUUGUCAUAUGAUGAAGCUAUAGAUGAAAAUGGUUGUCUGUCUGAGGCUUCAUUGAAGGGGAACAAAGUUAAUUUGUUCAGUGCCUCUUCAUUGCCAGACAGACCCGUUGAUGGCAGAAGGGUUGAAGAUUCUUCCUUGGAUAGCAUUAGUUGCCCCAACAGCAAACAUCCUAUUGUUUAUUUUAGAAGGCGGCUUCGCAGGACAGAUAAAGUAUGGUGUCAGGCUUCGCAAUGCAAUUAUUCUGCCAAUAGUGUGUCUGAAUCUAUCACUUCCCAUGGCUCUGUUGAUGAAUUUCAGGAUUUGGGAGAACUUGAUGUUUGUGUGGGAAGGUCGGAUCCUCAAGGAGAUUUGGUUUUUAGUGAUAAUGCAGGGCAUUUACUAUUAAAUAUUUCGUUGUUACAUUCAGAACGAUUCAGGUUUGGGUUGAGCUUCCCUAUGCUUUCUGUUGCAAAUAACUUAUUUGGAACAAAAAGCAUUUGGCUGGUUCAUAAGUUGCUACUUCAGUGUGGUAUGAUGAUGAUUGUCUGGCCAAUGGUUCAUCUAGAGAUUCUUUUUGUUGAUAAUGAAGUUGGACUAAGGUUUCUCCUGUUUGAAGGUUCCCUGAAACAGGCUGUAGCUUUUGUUUUCCAGGUCCUGAUGAUAUUUUAUCGACCUACCAAGCAAGGUAAGUUUGCUGAUUUGCAGUUGCCUGUAACUUCAAUCAGGUUCAAGUUUUCUUGCUCUCAAGAUUUUAGGAAGCAGAUUGUCUUUGCUUUUUACAACUUCCAUGAAGUGAAGCAUUCAAAGUGGAUGUCCUUGGAUUCUAAGCUGAAAAGACAUUGUCUGCUCAAUGGGCAAUUACCCAUGUCUGAGUGCACUUAUGAUAACAUUAAGGCACUUCGGGACAGAACUAAUCUGCUACUUAGUUCUCCUUCAUGCAAAGACUCCUCGUCACUUGAGGGUUUAAGGAGAAGGUAUAGGCCGUGCAUCAACCUUAUGGGUGUCUCCAGAGAAUCUAGUUUUCUGAAAGUUGGUCAAUUUUCUUCCAAUUCUGAGAAGAGGCACAGAGAUGUUCCUCUGUUUGCCCUUUCUUUUGGUGCUGCACCUACUUUCUUUUUCGGUUUGCAUCUUAAGCUACUUAUGGAACAUAGCAUUGCUUGCAUCAGCUUUCAGGAUCAUGACUCUAUUGAGCAACCAGGAAGCUCUGGUAAUUUGUUGGUGGAUGACUGUUCUAGUAGAGAGGACCAUGUGAAAAAAAGUUCUAAAAGUAUUGUAGAAAAAAAUAUGAAGGCUUCAUUAAAGGAUGUUGCUUCUGACACUCAGUUAAAAACACUUGAUCUCCCUGUUUGUGGUAGUGGAUUUUGGACACAGUCCUUGAGGACAUACGAAUAUGGUGAUCAAACUGUUGAUGGAACUUCUGCCAGCUCUCAUAAAUUUGGAGAAGUUGGAGCCAUGACCAUUGGUCUAUUACAGAAGCAACAAUGUGACCAUUCAGAGUCUCAGCAAAUUCUUUCGUCAUCGAAGUCUCCAAUUGAUUGUGAUAAGAAGACUACAGGGUCUAGUUCUGUUUUGAAUGGUAUUAGGGUUGAGAUUCCACCCUUUGAUCGAUACGAAGAGCAUGUUGAUGGUGAAUUACUCAUUACACAACAGUCUUCUGAUUUGACUUGGAAUAUGAACAGUGGCAUUAUCCCAAGUCCUAAUCCUACUGCCCCUAGAAGUACAUGGCAUCGAAAUAGAAUUACUUCUUCAUCGAUAGGUUAUGAUGCCCAUGGAUGGUCAGAUGGAAAGGCUGAUUUCUUCCACAAUAAUUUUGGAAAUGGACCUAAGAAGCCACGAACUCAGGUAUCUUACUCAAUGCCCCUUGGAGCUUUAGAUUACAGCUCAAAGAAUAAAGGCCAUCACCAGAGAGGUCUUCCUCAUAAGCGAAUUAGGAGGGCUAAUGAGAAGAGAUCAUCUGAUGUUUCUAGAGGUUCCCAAAGAAACUUGGAGUUAUUAUCUUGUGAUGCAAACGUACUAAUUACCCUUGGUGACAGAGGAUGGCGCGAAUGUGGAGCACAGGUUGUGCUUGAGCUCUUUGAUCAUAAUGAAUGGAAGCUAGCUGUGAAGGUGUCAGGGUCUACGAGGUACUCUUACAAGGCACAUCAGUUCCUGCAGCCUGGAACUACCAAUCGUUUUACGCACGCUAUGAUGUGGAAAGGAGGAAAGGAUUGGAUCUUGGAGUUCACUGACAGGAGCCAGUGGGCUCUUUUCAAGGAGAUGCAUGAAGAGUGCUACAAUCGAAAUGUUCAAGCUGCUUCAGUUAAGAACAUUCCUAUUCCUGGGGUUCGCUUGAUAGAAGAAUAUGAUAAAAAUGCAACAGAACUGAUAUUUGUUCGAAGUUCUUCCAAGUACUUGCGGCAGGUCGAAACUGAUGUUGGGAUUGCUCUGGAUCCAUCUCGUGUUUUAUAUGACAUGGAUAGUGAUGAUGAACAUUGGAUUUCGAGAAUUCGCAAAUCUGCAGAAGGUGAUGUUAGCAGCAACUCAUUGGAAUUUUCUGAUGAAAUGUUUGAGAAGACUAUGGACAUGUUUGAGAAGUAUGCUUAUACUCAACAGCGCGAUCAGUUUAAUUAUGAUGAAAUACAAGAGCUCAUGGCUGGAGUUGAGUCCAUGAAAGUAAUAGGAAGAAUCUAUGAGCAUUGGCGGCAGAAAAGGCAGAGAGUUGGAAUGCCUUUAAUUCGACAUCUCCAGCUGCCAUUAUGGGAAAAGUACCAACGGCAAAUGAGAGAGUGGGAGCUAGCUAUGUCUAAAGCUAACCCCAUUCUGUCCAAUGGAUGCUUAGAUAAGGUUCCACUGAUUGAGAAGCCACCCAUGUUUGCUUUCUGUUUGAAACCCCGGGGUUUGGAAGUUCCAAAUAAAGGGUCAAAACAAAGAUCCCACAGGAAAAUUUCAGUUUAUGGUCAAAGCCACCCUGCAUUGGAAGAUCAUGAGGGUUGUCAUUCCUUCGGCAGAAGAUCAAAUGGGUUCCUUUUUGGGGAUGAAAAGUUUAUAUAUCCUGUGCAUAACUAUGAAUCUUUAGAAGAUUCCCCGCUGUCUCAGGCAUCACCAAGGGUAUUUUCUCCACGAGAUGCAGGUAGCAUGGGAUAUUUCCCCAUGGGCGGUGAUGGGUUUGAUAAGAAUCAUCACCAGAAACUUCAAAGAAGCAAGUCAAAGAAAUUUGGGACUUUUCUAUCCUCAAAUGACACACACAUGAUGACUUCAUAUAGUUGGAGACUAAUUAGCAAGAGAGAUAGAAUUCAUAGGGGGAACAUGAGCUUUUCUGGGUGGCCAAGCCAGCGGCAUUACUUCUCAGAUGGAUUUCAAAGGCAUGGUCCUGAACAGUUGGAUAAUUCUGAUAUUGAUGAGUUCAGAGUGCGUGACGCAUCUAGCGCAGCCUGGCAUGCACUUAAAAUGGCCAAGUUCAAGCAAGAAAAAGCUCAGAAAUUGCUCUUCAGAGCAGAUCUAGCAAUUCACAAGGCUGUGGUUGCUCUCAUGACUGCAGAGGCAAUCAAAGAAUCAUCUGAGAAUUUAAAUGGUGAUGGGUAGAAUGAUCUGAUGAAGCCUGGAGUGUUGAUAGAAUGAAAUUAGCCAGCACCAUGCACUUCUGGUAUUGAAGAUUACCAAAAAGAAUUGACAUUGUUUUCCCUGGGAUGGAUCUGGUUUUUCCUUUCUCGGUGAUGGUGGCGUGGAGUUGUCAUGGACUGUUCAAGUGUAAAAGUUCUGACAGGAGAGCUGGGAGCAGCAAGAGUACUUUUUUGCUUCUGCUACGUAUCAUGGCAGUUUUUUGUUGUGCAACCUCACAGCUUUUCUGGCCAUUAGGUUUCUUUUUAACCCCAACAGCAGGUUACUCCGUUCAGUGCAUCUGUUAUUUUAAUCCUGCCGCUAAGGGGUGUAUGGGAAUUUUGACAGCCGUUCUUUGUACAUAAUUUUUUCCCCCUUACCUCUUAUUUUGUUUGUUUUCUCCCCUUAGCCUUGAUAUCAGAGUAGCAGGUGGCCGACAUAAUACAGCACCCCUUUGGAAUCAAAUUAAAAUUUCCUGUCUGAUUGAAAUGUUUGGAGCAUGUCGUAGAUAUGUUUGAAACAAAGCGUACAUCUGAAAUGAGAAAAAGAAAAUGCUGUAAGUAAUUUAUAAAUUUUCAUAGAGAUUCAUUGAAGGGCAAGAAUCUUUUGUUGCUUCCUCACUGUUUCUUGUGUCUAUUGAUUUUGAUUUGUCUGAAGCAAGGGAUGAAUUCGGAAGCCAUUAUAUGUAGGCUGUUGUUUUGUUUUUGUGUUGCUUCAUCAUUGUUUCAAGAAAUAACAGCAACAUGUGGCGAACUAGGUAGUCUUACUUUCGUGGUCUAGUUUGAUUCCGGAAACUGUUUCCAUAGAUUUGAUCUGCUCGUUCUUCCAUCUAGGGGUGUAGACAAAUAGAAUUUUUGAUGUACUAGUCAUGAAUAUGUUUAGGUUUUGUU